CGGAAUCAGCUCUCUCCCCCUCUCUCUCUCUCUCUCAGCGCCAGCUGCUCUAGAAAAAGCUUGGAAGCUUAGGUAGAGAGAAAGAGAGUCUGGUAGAAUCUCUCUCUCCUUCGCUUUCAGUUAAAGAGAGAAGCUUGGAGGAAAUGACGACACUACCCUUCAACGUCUCAGCAGUAGAGCCGACUGCCACCUUCGACUGGUGGCACGAGAUCAACGAAUCGACUAAGUGGCAGGACGGGAUCUUCUUCUUCCUCUGCGCCGCCUACGCCCUCGUCUCGUCCGUCGCUCUGAUUCAACUAAUACGAAUUCAAUUGCGAGUGCCUGAUUUUGGUUGGACAACACAAAAGAUUUUCCAUCUUAUGAACUUCAUUGUAAACGGAGUACGUGCCAUUGUAUUUGGAUUUCACAAACAAGUCUUCUUUUUGAAGCCAAGGUUGGGACUUGGGAGGGUAAAAGAAAAGAGUAGGAAACAGGUAUUUAUGUUGGUUUUGUUGAAUCUUCCUGGCAUUUUGUUCUUCUCUACAUACACGCUGCUUAUCCUAUUUUGGGUAGAGAUUUAUAAUCAGGCAAGAAGUCUUCCAACAGAUAAGCUCAGAAUGGUAUAUUUUUCGGUUAAUGGUGGAAUAUAUUUUGUACAGGUCUGUAUUUGGAUUGUUCUGUGGAUAAAUGACAACAAUGUUGUGGAGACCAUUGGAAAUAUAUUUAUUGCAGUUGUAUCAUUUAUUGCAGCACUGGGUUUCCUGCUAUAUGGUGGAAGAUUGUUCUUCAUGCUGAAACGUUUCCCAAUAGAAUCAAGAGGGCGAACGAAGAAACUUCAGGAGGUUGGGUCUGUGACGGCGAUAUGUUUCACAUGCUUUCUCAUAAGAUGCAUUGUGGUUGGAGUAUCUGCAUUCGACACUGAUGCAUCUCUUGACGUUAUGGACCAUCCCAUUCUCAAUCUCAUCUAUUACAUGCUAGCUGAGAUCAUGCCUUCGGCAUUUGUCCUUUACAUCCUGCGAAAGCUCCCACCUAAAAGAGUAUCAGCCCAGUACCACCCGAUCCAUUAGAAGCAGCCGAAUCCUCGGCGACCCCUUUUAUUUCAAACACAACAACAGUUUGUGGUUUGCUGGAAUUUUCAUAGUCAAAUCUGGCAAGAGCAGCAGCAUGAAAGGUUGUGUGACGUCUGAUUAUUUAUCUACGCUUCUUGUCUUGCUGCUUUUAUCGAAUGUUGUAGUAUAUACGGGCGAUCUUGGCAUGUUCGCAGAAGAGAGAUUUUCAACUAGAUCAGUUUGUGAUGGCCGGUGUUAUGUUUAUGGAUGAUUUAUUUAUUUAUUUAUUUUU